CCUACCUCCCUCGUGACAUGAUGAUCUAUAAAAACCCUCUAAUAUUGUCUUUGUCAUGAAGAGACCUUCAUUGAUGCGAUGGCUAUGUCUACAACAACAACAACAUUGAUAGUUCCUUACAGCUCGGCCAAUCUUCACGUCAAGCCCCCUUGUAAUAAACUGCAAACUCUUAUCAUCUUCAAUAAUCUCAUUCCAGCAAGCUCCAAACACAAGUAUGGAUCUUGUUUUUUGGUUAAUCGAGGCUUGUCACAUUUCAGCAAUCGCCAAAGAUCUCUGACUGACACCAAUUCAAAGAUGGACUUGGCUGUCUACUGUGUUCAACCAGGAGCUCCAAUUCCCUCUCCUCUGGGUUCAUGGAAGAGUUGGAUUCUGGGCACACUAAUAUCCAUCAUGCUACCCUUCUUGAGGCACAAAUGGGGGCCAUUAUUCAACAUGACCAAGCAAGUUGAAGCGGCGGUGGAGACAGCAGAACGUGUAACAGAAGUUAUUGAAAAGGUGGCGGAGGAAGUGGAGGAGCUGGCGGAGGAGGUUGCCGAUGGGCUCCCGGAAGGGGGGAAGCUUCGAGGAGCCGUUGAGUUCGUUGAAAAUGCAGCCAAGGAAACAGCUAAGGUUGCUCAUUUAGCUGAGGAAUUAAUUGACAAGGUUGAAGAAGUAGAGAAAGAGGUGGAGUCAUUCAUGGAACCAGUCAAUGAUCAAACCAAUGCCGAUGGGACUACCGAAUAAGCAAAUUAUCAAAAUUGAUCAACAAUCCCUGUUGAAGCAUGGUCUAUAUAUAUAUAUAUAUAUAUACCAAUUAUACUAGUUAGUAGUUUGUUAUAGGUAUUUAGGAUAAGAUGUGUUGAAAUUAUUUAUUUGUAACUAAAAUUUGAUUCUUGUAAUUAUAUGGAAUUGGUUGUUAACUCUGUACUUCCCCUUAUGGAUGGUGAUUUGACUCUAUAAAUCUAAUGGAGUUCAACUCAUUUACAUAAUUCUUUCA